AUGGAACUCAGUGUUGCAAGACGUCCAAACACCUGCUCUAUCGGAACUGUGAUUCCCAUCUGCGCAAACUUCUUUCGGUUCAACACCGCUUCAAACGUUGACUUUAUGCAAAAAUACAGUGUUGCUUUCGAGCCAGAUAUCCCUGCCAGCUUAUUUAAGCAACGUGAAAGACUUUUAACUUCCUGGGCUUAAUAAAUAAUUUAUUUAAAAAUUAAUUUUAAUAAUAUUUUUCAUAUUUAUUUAAAAAUUAGACUGUCUUACAUGACUUGGAAGAGUAAGAAAAGUUUCAAGCCAACUUAUUCCUCAAAUUGGGAAGUAUGUGUUCGCUAAUACCGCAGUCUACUGCAUCCAUUCAGCUUCACAAGGACUCAGCGGAAGUAUCACUGUGACAACCAAUUUCGAUAACGUUGACUACUCAAUUACCCUCACUCCUACAGGCAGAGUAGAAAGCACCGAAGAAAAAAAGCAUUUUUUCAACAGAUUCUUCAACUCAGUCCAAGGAAAGCUUGACCUCAUCAUGAUUGGCAGAAAAUUCUACGACCCCACUAAUUCAAAAGAUCUUCCUCAGCACCACAUAUAUAUUAAAAUGGCGGCACGUGUCAACCUGCCCUCUUGGCGCAGCAGUCCAGACCUUAUGGCUACGGCGAACUGGGACGGACUCCGAGCCGAGAAUCAGGUGCAGGCUCCAGAGCUGUGUAUCCGGGUAGGUUUUGGCUGCUUUCCUGAGGUUGGAAAUGGAGGUGCUCAACAGCGUCCUUUGGAUCCGAGGCCCAUGAGCAUUCCUUUACCGAGAACUGGGGGUUUCGGCACAGGCCACAGGGGAACAGUCUUUUUCCUGUAGCUAUCGAAGGAAGGCACUUCGACACCCGAUAGACUCCAAGGAGCUGAUCCUUGGAAUCAAGCUACUCCAAUCGCCCGCAGCAGGACCGCAGAAAUCCAUAAGCCGCCCACUCAAGACUGAAGCCACAAGGCAAGGAGGAGACAGAAGGUACCGGAAGGGCACUCGCAAGAGGGAUAGACUCUCUGAGCUGGAGUCGAAAAGCGGUAGAACUUCCCGUACGGGAGGUCUUUGGUGACUGCGUCACCAAUAUGGCUAGCGCCUGACUUUAAUAAUCCUAAUCCUAAUCCUCAGCACCACAUUUCUAUCUGGCCAGGAUACUAUACCUCAGUCGGCUCCUAUGCUGAAGGCUGCCUUGUCAAUAUAGACAUUUCCCAUCGUUGUCUACGUACCAUCACUGUCUAUGACCAAAUCAAAGAAAUCAGAACUCGCUCUAACAAUGACUAUGCCCAAAACUCCUUAAAGCUUUUACUAAACGCCACAGUCCUUACUCUUUACAACAAGAAAACUUAUAAAGUCGUCGACAUUGAUUUCGACUCCACAGCUGAGUCCACCUUCCAAGAUUCUACUGGAAAAGUCCAAACUUAUAAAGAGUAUUAUGAAAAAAGAUGGCAAAAAAAUAUUGAGCACAAUGAACAACCAUUAUUAAAGGCAACUACCAAUAAAAACCCUAACCCUUGCUAUCUGAUUCCUGAAUUCUGUGUACUCACAGGCCUUACUGAUGAAAUGAGGGCUGAUUUUAAUAUCAUGAAAGAUAUGGCUAAUGCGACAAAAAAGGAGCCACAGGAAAGACUGCAAAAAUCAGCGGGACUUAUCAAUACAGUUAACUCGAACAGUAAAACUAGAAGUGAAAUUGACCAAUGGAGGAUUUCUUUGUCACCUGAUCCAGUCACUAUUGAAGGAAGAGUGCUCCCAAUGGGAGGAAUUAUGCUGGCAAAUAACCAGACUUUUAAUAUUGGACAGAGCGGAAGUUUUGAUAGAGAGUCGCAAGGAGCUAUGUUUGAGCAGCCACCUAUGAAUAACUGGGCUAUUUUACAUUGCGAAAACGAUAAAAGACUUGUGGAUACCUUUAUUAGUAUGCUGCAAGUGGUUAUAAAAACUUAUAAUGUAGCCUGCAGCCGGCCUGUUGUGAUAUCAUUGAGGAGUGAUAGAUGGGAUGAAUGGGAAAGAACACUUACUUCUCCUAUGAGAACAAACGAAAUAUUAUAAAAAAAAUAAUUUUAGAAAAACUUAUAUAUAAAUAAUUUUCAAAUAAAAUUUUGAUAUGAUUUAUUAUAAAUAAAAUGGCAUUCGGUUCGAGAGAAAUUAGCUCUGCUAAUUUUCUCUCAAUAUGGAAUUUUAUUUAUGGGGUUGGGUUUUCUCUCGAGAAUUUCUGCACGGAAAUAGCUGUUUAACUUUGGGGAUAACCAAAGGAACAGCUCCUCAGUGCACUCAAGAGGCUCGGAGUUUUUACCUCUUCACAUCCCCAAGGAGGAUGACCCUUAGGCGGAACACGCGCAGGAGCUGAGUCAGGGCAGAGCGUUGGAAACGCGCCGGGUAAGAUGUGCGGCGGCUGGGGACGAAGCGUCGAUAGAAGGCUUGGCCAGGAGGGCUGAUCACUGCGAUUCCAAGAUGGCUCCGUGACGUCACUAGUUAGCGAAAAGCUCCUUUUGGGGCUGCGCACUAGACACCUUAAACACCGAAUAGUUAAGUUAAGUUAAGUUAAGAUAUGAUUUAUUUAUUAUUUUAAUUAAAAAAUUAUAAUGAAAUAUAAAAAAUUUAUUUUAAAAUUACCUUGAAAUUAAAACAAAAUAAAUUAUAUCAUCUUCGUUAGUAGAGAGAGCUAGCAACCCUAAUAACAAUUCUCAACUCAUUGUAUGUGUGCUUCCAGGACAAAGAGGAAAAUCAAGACUUUAUGACGACCUUAAAAGGUAUGUACUUGCAGUAAAACCGAUCCCUGUCCAAGCAGUUCUAACUGGCACUUUAAAAAGAGAAAAAGGCUUAAGGUCAGUCGUAAACAAGGUCAUGAUGCAGAUGACAGCUAAGCUUGGCGGAAUCCCAUGGGCCCUCAACCAGCUCCCUUACUCUGACGUAAAAACCAUGAUCGUUGGGAUUGAUGCCUACCAAAAAAGAGGCCAAUUCAGUAUUCUUGGCUUCUGUGCUUCCAUUGACCGCAACUUCGGAAAAUACGUAACAGUUCCCCAAGUAAAUAGCAAAGGCGAACAAGACAUUUCUAAGCUUACCGACAGCAUGUACUCAGCCCUGCUUCAAUUUAAAGCUGCAAAUAACGAAGAAUUCCCCAAAAGAAUCGCAAUUUUCAGGGACGGGAUUUCAGAGGGCCAAAAAAGGGUGGUCUUAGAUAGAGAAAUCCCUAUGAUAUUGGAAGCUUUUAACAGAUGCAGAAACCAAGGACUGACUGAAGACCCAAAACUUAUUUAUACCCUUGUCAAUAAAAGAACUAAUUCAAGAUUCUACCAAAUGCAAGGGAAAAAUAUAUCAAAUCCGCCUAUUGGGACUGUUAUUGAUAAAGCCGUUGUGUCUGAUGAUGGGUAUGACUUUUAUAUUUUACCAGCCAGAGCUACCCAGGGGGCUAUGACUCCUACGCAUUUUAUUGUAAUUUUUGAUAAUACAGGCUGCAGAUGUGAAGAAAUCCAAGGGCUUGCCUUCAAGCUGUGCUUUUCAUAUUACAACUGGAGUGGGUCAAUCAGAGUGCCGGCACCUUGCCAGUAUGCCCACAAGCUUGCCUAUCUUUAUGGAGAAAGAGCUACCAACCAAGGGCCACCUAUUCCUCAUGGUGAUUGGACUCGGUCAAGAUCUCUUUACUUUUUAUAA